CUUUCACCUGAAACCCGGAACAUGCUCGCAAGACAAGUGGCACGGCUGUCGCGAGUAGCGCGGCACUUGAAGGCGGACAACAGCCCCAUUGCGUUCUCCAAGACGCGGGCCAGCAAAACCACGCUGUACGACACACUGGGCCUUCCCAAGGAGAAGGAGAACGUGCGCUCACCAUACAUUGUGCUCGCGUUUGGCGUGGUGCUCUGCGGCUCCAUGAUCUACAAGUUCGCCACCACAGAUGCAGACACCAAGAAAAAAUAUUUUGAGCAGGAACUCACCGCCCCCUUGGACAUGCUGAAGUCAGCCGUAGCACCAAACGCUGAAGAGCAAGCAGCAGAGCCGACAGCAGAGCAAGCGGCCGUGACGAACACCACCAACAGCAACAGCAACAAGAGCGUUCAAGCCGCUGCCAACUCAUCAUCUUCGUCAAGCUAGUUGGCUUGCGAGCUGUUUCGCAACGUUAGCCACCCCAGUUCUAUCUAGCCCUCUCUGUUUUCUUGCGUCUGUGUCUUUGCGUGCGCGUGUCAGUGUUGCCUGCGCUCGACCACCCCACCCUCGUUCUUUGUGCGUGAAAGCUCUCCGCACCUUGGUUUUGCCGCGACACCUUAUUCCUUCUUCUGAUGGCACACAAUGUCUGCACUCUGUGUACAUACUAAACGGCUAAUCCCCAAGAGGUUCUCUUGGCAUACUCUGCUUCACGCACGACCGA